AUGCUGCUUCUUCACGACUUGGAGAAUGAACAGCACAAAGAGACGAAAGUCUAUAAUCACAUUCGCACUCAAGAAAAGAUUGGGACCACUGUUUUGUACGGAACCUCCGGUGCGGGCAAAACUCGAGCAGCCUUGGAGUAUCUCAGUCACAACAAGGGAUUCUACCUGUUGGGGGGCGACUUUACUCGGAAUCCUGGUUCCCGAGACCUCGUGAGAAUGCUGCGUGGAGUGACGGAGCAAAUAAACACAACGGAGGGAGGUAUCAACAACGUUGUGAAUCUCAAGACGGUAUUCUGGAGGUACAGGAUUCUGUUGUACAUCCGGUAUGCAAUACACAACCUUCUCGAGCAGAAAUUUGGAGAUCGUCGCCUGGAGAAACCAGGUUACUUCUUGAGCACAGACGGAAAACAAGCGCGUUCCAAUUUCUCCGCAGUGAUCAAGGCAGCUUAUAAAGACGACGAACUCAUUUCCAACUCAGAGUUGAAGUUCCCCGUGUUUUUGGGCACAGGGUUUUCCAUUGAUGAGUUAGAGGAUGAAGGGCGUUCAGCAUCGGCGAAACGACCUACGGCCAUGGAGCAACGGGUUCACUUCUUUGGUGGUUUUGAGUUGCUAACUCCUGCCGAUGUGGAAGAGCAUCUGAACAAGUUCCUCGAUUUGUCUCUUCUUCGUCAGGACGUCAAGCAACAUGUAGCUCGUUGGCUUCGGGGACGACCGCGGUGGACCGCCACCUUUUUGGAAACUUAUGUAAAUCGGCUACCAAAGGGCGGAAGGGAAGGCAGAACUCGUGUCAGGGAGGAUUUUUCCGCUGAGAAUCUGAAAAUGCUGGAAGCUUUAGAUUGCUUCCUAGCUGUGAUGACACUCGACUCCGUGGCAGCCGAGCGUCGAGCCAGUUGGAGUGCGGGCCCAGCUUCUGCUUACGCCUCUGUUGAUCGGCUGAUGACGUUGGACAAUCACGAGGAAGCGCGGAAGGAUUUCGAAACUGCAGUGUUUGUUUUGCUGUUGGCAAGAGGCAUACUAUAUUCAGGCAAGAACCUUCGAAGACGCUGA